CUGCAAAAGCCAUGUCUUCAGUUGUCUGUGCUCUGCUCAUCAUCCUGUGCAAUGGUAAGUGGGGAGCCUUGCAUUUUUCCCACCUCCACAUUUAUUUUGUGGGGAUAUGUUCUGGGAAGACAGGAAGGAUUACCUAGGCAAUCUGUUUAAAAGGCAAUGUGUACCUGUGCUUUGCAGUUUGGUGCUUGAUCCGUGGGGCUUCUGUGGCAGUCCCAGAUGUUGCUGUGAGAUGUGCUGAAGAAGUGCUGCUGCCCUGUAAAGUUCUUCGGGACUCUUCAAUCACCUACCAGACAGCAUCUUGGUAUAAAAUGGCUGGAGAUGGCAAAGGAAUUGCAUGGAAAGUCCUUGAUGUGGAAUCGCAUUAUCCAAAAGAACUUGAGGGGUCCCUGGAGCUCUCCAAUGACACCUUCUUUUCACUGAGGAUCAAAAAUGCAACCAGCCAAAACAGUGGGACAUAUAAGUGUGCUUUGGGGGAGCAGAGUGGAGAUCGCAAUCUGAGCAGCAUAGUCACAUUAAAAGUAACAGGUUGUCCUGGAAUAGAAGAUGAAAAAUUAAAAAAAUACAAAGCUGAGCUUUUCAUGCUGACUUGCCUUGGGAUUUUUUACUUGCUGCUCAUCUUUUUUACCUGUAAAUGUCUAAGAAAAGAAAGUAUGUCUCCCAAUUAUCAAAAAACCAGACCAGAUACGAAACACAUGCUCACCCUCAUCAAUGCACAUGAAAUGACAACUUUCCAGGAUUUAAACAGCAAUAGCUCUUGCAAAAAUGGGCUUACUUCAAGUUCCGUCUAA